AUGAACGAGCAGCAUUUUUUGGCGAUUAUUCUCCUUAGUCUUAUUUUAGGAGCAAACGCAUUCAAUUAUAAAGAUGCUAAAAAUUGGGGGGAAAAAUAUCCAAAAUGUAAUGGGAAAAAUCAAUCUCCCAUAGAUAUGAAGUCAUAUCCCAUUAUUCCUCGAGAAUUUCCAAAGGGUCUCAAAAAACUGAAAUUGACAGACUUUGAUAAAUUACCAACAAAAGUGUCCAUUAAAAAUACUGGCCACACUGUGGAAUUAAGAGCUGACUAUUCUGGAAAACCACCAAAGAUUAGUUCUGGAAACCUUCACGGAAUUUACGUAUUUGAAAAAAUCACCUUUCAUUGGGCCAAAAAAAGGGUUGGACCUGUAAUGGACGGAGUUACCUUUGACGACCUGGCCAACAAUUUAAAGAAGGUAGAAUCCAUAAAUUCCACAACAGACAUACCCCCGUUCGUCAUAACAGGUGCUGUAGAUCCAGUUCCAGCGUAUCUAUUUUACAAAGGAUCUUUGGAUUAUCCACCUUGCUCGGAAUCUGUGACUUGGUUCUUAUAUGAUUCUGAAGUCUUUAUUACUGCGGAUCUGCUUAAUGGACUCAGGAAAGUAAAGUUGUCCGAAGGAGACGUGUCGAAUUUCAGACCUGCGCAGCCGAUAAAUAAUCGUCAAAUUAAGACGAUGAUGACUGAGUAA